AUUUCCGGGACGAUUAUAAAAACCCAAAUCCAAACGAUAAAGCUUGUUUCUUUCCAAAUCCCAAUUCGCGCUGCACCAAGAGAUCGACGGAAAGCUCUUCUCUGCAUAUCCAGAAAAAGAUAAAGAUUAGGUACGCACACGCACACCCAUGGCUCUGGUUGACUUGAUCAGUCUGUUCCUGUCGCAAAUUCGGUAUUCAAUUGAUGAACAGAAUCUAAUUCGACCACAACAGGCUUAAUGAGUACAGCAUUUGAAAAGAUUUCUAUGGUUUGGUUUUCUAAUUUGUUCUAAUCAGAGGCUGCAAUGGGGAGGUUUGUUUUACACGGAACCCACGAUUUCACAGAAUAAUGGUUUAUUUUCCUGCAGGGGAUGAAGCUGGAGCCGGAAGUGUAUAGAGGCUCAUUUUGGUUGGAGUAAUAAACUAGGACGAAGAUGGCUGCAUUUAUGCAAGCAAAGAUCUGUCCCAGAACUACUUCAUCAUUGGAUAGAAUCUUUAGAAGUGAAAAUGGGGAUAAACUGCGAUCCAGGUCUCAAGUUGUGCUUCCAUCUCAAGAAGUUUGUAGACGUCAGUUAUUGUGUAAUGGCAUGUCAUUGGUUGUGUUUCUCGCAUUUAACAAUGGAUCGAUGCCAUUGCUGGCCCGGGCCGAAGAAACCCCAAAUGACAAGCAGGAGGAGGAUAAUGGAGUUGUCGGGGUGAUUAAAUCGAUAUUUGAUCCAAAUGAGAGAACCAAAUCCGGGAAAGUAUUGCCAAAGGCUUACCUGAAGUCUGCAAGGGAGUUGGUGAAGACACUGCGUGAGUCAGUACAGGAAGACCCCAAGGAUGGCGCUAAAUUUAGACGAACUGCAGACGCUGCAAAAGAAUCGAUUCGAGAUUAUUUAAGCAAUUGGUUGGGGCAGCAAACAGUUGCUCAAGAGGAAUCUUACGCUGAGCUAGAGAAAGCAAUAAGGUCAUUGGCCAGCUUUUAUGCAAAGGCUGGACCAUCUGCGCCACUGCCAGAAGCUGUUAAAUCUGAUAUACUGAAUGAUCUGGACAAGGCUGAAGAAUUCUUGUAAUUGACUGGUUUUAGAGCUCUAAAUGAAUAUUUUUGUUACAUAACAUUUCACCUCUGAGAUUUUUGAGUUUUGCGGCUACUUCUGUUGCUAUGCUCCUCCAUCCUUCUUGAUCA